AUGUAUGUUGUGCGUUCAUUUCGGUUCUGGUGUGACUACGUGUUUCUAGUUGAUUCCUUUCUUGUAUGCUACUUAGUAUCGAAGUAGAAUGAGCUCGUACGUGGAAAACUCUUUUUGUAACCAAACGCACGAUGCACCCUCCUUUAGCAUGCGCACUUUUGGUAACUAUGGGGCUGUCUCAGAGUUUCAGCAGUCCACUUAUGCGUACGGAGGGCUCGAUCUCACUGGAGCAUUAGCUUCUCAGGUCGCUUCCGAUUCCCCGAAACGGGAGGCGAUGAAUAAGCACAACAGUGCCAGGAUCAACGCGCCACCACAUCGCCAGGCUUGCGCAGCAAUGGGUUCCCCAAGUCGUGUCAGUUCACGCGGGUACAACCUGCUCAGUCAAGGACUGUUGAGCCAAAAAGCAGAGAUGAUUAUGGAAGUUACGGAAAAACCCAGCGGCAAAAGCCAGCCCGGUGAUCUGGAGAUCACGCCAACGAUUAAACAACAAACUAACUCGAGUGAGCGCCAGACCCAAUCGCAACCGCAGAUAUACCCGUGGAUGACCAAGCUACACAUUAGCCACGACUCUGACGGUAAAAGGUCACGAACCAGUUACACCCGCUACCAGACUCUGGAGUUGGAGAAAGAGUUCCAUUUCAACCGAUACCUCACACGUCGCAGGCGAAUCGAGAUUGCCAAUAACCUCUGCCUGAACGAGAGACAAAUUAAAAUUUGGUUCCAGAACCGUCGCAUGAAGUGGAAGAAGGACUCAAAGCUGAAAGUUAAAGGUGCACUAUAAUGAUAAGGUGGUGUAGCAAAUAUACCUGCAAACAAGAUGCAAACAAAAGUUCAUUAAUAUAAAUGUUUCAAAGUCCAUGCUGUUCAGAACUGGCAAUUGCAGAUUAUAACUGAUAGAUUACAAUCUUAAUUUAAUGUAUGUAACGUUUGUCCUCACAACUUGUUCAGCUGACGACUUACUGACAACUGGGAGGAGCUUAUUUGGGUCACACCCAUCUAGAACUUAACAGCAGGUUAACAUAUGAAGACGCAAUUCUAAUUAUUUAAAGAGAUAUUUUAUGGUAUUUGACGUAAUUCAGAAUGAUUUUGUUUGCCUUCUGUAUUUUAUGUUUAUAUGUCUGAUGUCUGUUUAUGGGAUGUAUCUGUGGUGAUGAACUGCACGCAACAAAAUGUCAUAUUACUCAUUGUAUGUUCCAGUAACACGUUAGAUAGUCAUGCUUUAUGUACCUGUUGUGAGUCAUUUCAAUUUACUGAAGAAAGAGAAGACUUGGAAAGUUUUUUUGGUUUUGGGGUUUUUUUUUAUAUUAAAGUAGGCUAUUGGGACUCAAAGUUGUAUUUGAAUCAAUGCGAGGCAAUUCAGCAACAAAAAGUUUGCCCAAUGUAAUACGAAAUACUCAAGAUUUCAAUAAUUGCACUUAUAUAUAAAUGUAGUUU